UUCCUGUUUGAAUAUCGAUCAAUCCUGGGACGAUACCCCUGGGCGUCUCUUAAUAACAUGAUUCAAACAAUGAUUAUGACUAAGUGAAUCUAUAGUUAACACUUAACAAUCAUAGUAUCAAAAACGACUUUGUCCGAUGAAACCGAAAUAAGCUCAUUUAUUGACGCAUAACCCCUGCAAUUUCAUUGAAAUACUAAAUUUGCCCCGCAAAGGCCCGCAAUUCUGAACACUGUCGCGUCAGGAGACAUGGAUGGACCCGAGAAGCGUUUUAGACAGCGCAAGGGCUUUUUUGUUUGCCUCUUGACUGUAACGUUGUUGGCGGGGCUCUCCUCUGACACCAAUGCAGUUAUUAUUAGUUCCCUUAGACAAUGUAUUAAUAAAGGCACUGGAAAAGUGACCGAAUCCGACUGCCAAUGGCGCUCUCACACCAACGUUGAUGUACGAGGUGGUGAACUCUCCACAAGUUACGUUCUACGCAAGAAGGACAACCCCAACAGCGGUUUAUACAUCCAUAUACAAACUGCUAUAACAACAUUGACGUACAAUCUGGUAUACCAAUUCGAUGCACCAUAUAUGUAUAGAGAGCACAAUGGCGCAUUAGAAUACAGCCAAGUUGCUGGAAUGUGUGACAGUUGUGACAAGAUUGAGAUAAAGAAGUGUACAUUACCAGAGGAAGUACCACCAAAGCUGAAGGAUAAAUUUGUUAACAAAACAUGCUGUAUUUGCGGAAAGAAUGUACCAAGCACCGCUGUACGUCAAAACCUCAAGUGCUCGGGUUGGAGUUUUGGAUUCUUGUAUAGUAACUGUGUGAGUCUGAGCUGUUUGGAGAUAGUAGGACCAUGGUACUCCAUAUACAAGCCACAGUAUCCACCCGACAUCAAUCGGCGUAUAUUUGUAGAUGUAUAUUCCUUCGAUGGUGAUGCUGGGAUCAUACCCGACGUGAGUAAGAAAGGAUACCAAAAUAGCAAAUUACCCGAUGAAACCAGGUAUCUUAAGGAGCCGGUUUACAAAGAUGGCCAUCUCAAGUUCACCAUGAGUACCAAUGCAGGCGCCGUUAAGAAUGAAGACCUAGAUGUCAAGUUCACUAUAAUAUCGCAGCAGUGGGUGGAUGGGAAUGCACCGAUAAGAAUGGACAAGUAUGUAGCGGUGCCAACAUGGCCCGAUUCUCAUCCUGAUGUCCAGGGAAGUAGUUUAAGAUUUGAAUGCCAACAGGCUGAUAGACCAUAUGAAUGUCGCAAAGGGCAGGAUAAUGAGUGCCGUAUGGAACGCUGUGCGUUGAACGUUAGGGUUAUAGAGCCUAGUGCUGUUGAUGUAACCGGGGCCACCUGUGAUAAAAUAGGUGUCUCCAUGGGCACUUGGGGUGAUGAAAAGCGUCUAUGUAAUCAACAUGAAGGUACAUGUAUUCAAAAUCAGCUUGCAUGGUAUUUUAAAGAGUUUUCUAGCACUAUGAGACUUCCCAAGUUAUAUGGGUCCCAACCAAUGAUAGCUCACAAGCGCAUUUCAGGUAGUGUGCCUGACGAGAAGAAAACUGUUCCUUUACCAGCCGAUAAAGAAGCAAUGAAGGAUGCCACAUUUUCCAGCAAACCUGCAGCUGCCGUUGCGGCGAAAACACCAAAAGGGGGCGCCAAAAAGAAAAAACAAAAGCUAGAUUCAUCAGAAUGGGAACAUAAAGAUUUACUACACUCAAUCGCUUAUAAUGUUAGGCAUGCUGACACUUCAAGGAUUGAGAUUGAUAGCUUUGAUGCUACUAUGACGCUCAUUAUUGCUGAGGCUGUGGGAUUUAUAGUCAGUGUGAAGCCACCGGAAUCAUGCACUGCAUCCAGCGAGGACAUUUGCACAAUUAAAGUUGUGACGAAGAACGCCGGGAAGAUAAGGGCAUCGUUUAGUCAUAGGGUGCAGUGCUACGACGGUGAAGCCGAGUCAACGGCGAUCGUCGCUACGGCAGAUGAACGUUUUAUUGAGAUUGAUGCCAACGGUUCUGAUGAAACAGAUAUACCCAUCAAAUUAAUGGCGGCUGGCAAAUCUGAUCUAAUGAAGUGCAGGAUAGCAUUGUAUUCGUCCACAGCAUCGUUCCUAGAAUCGGUUGAUAUUUCCAUGGGUGUAAAGAACCCUGAGAUAUCUAUGGGUAAAGACACCAGGUCACUGGAUUCCGAGACGAUGACUCAUACCAGUAAGGACGAUAUACUCAUCGACGGCAUACAAGCUAGUUCUCAAUGCAACUGCACUGGGUUCGCAGUUGUAUGCUUCUUCAGCAAUUUCAAGAGUUGUAUGAGUUGGGCCUUUAAUAAAUACUACGCGUGGUUCAUAUUAGGUAUAUCGGUGCUCAGCUUCCUGGUACUACUACCUGCACUAAUUCCGCUGGGAUCUAUGGUAAUAGGCAAAAUCAAGUCGAACGUUAGUAGGUCGAGAGCCGCUGCGGCUGAACGUAAACGUGAGCAAGAAUCUCGCGAACGACAAGCAGAACAUGAGCGCAUGUUAGAUCAAAUGAACAACAGACGUCGGGAUCCAAUCCCAUUGUAAUAUAUUAAAAACUGUCACAGCACUUUAAUCGUAGCAUGCGGGAUCGUGAA